AUGGAGAAGGACGAACUUAAGAAACUGAAUCAUCUCUCUCUUGUCUCCAAUGUGUGUAACGAAUUGGAAACGCAUCUAGGGGCUACGGAAAAAGUUUUGGCCGAAUUCAUCAUCGACCUUGGCCGCAACUCCGAGACUGUCGAUGAAUUCGAUAAGAAGCUGAAGAAGGAAGGCGCGGAGAUGCCGGAUUAUUUCGUCCGCUCGCUGUUAACUGUAAUCCACGGGAUUUACCCUCCGAAGCCCAAGUCGGAGAGGAAGAAGGACGACGGAGGUAAUGAGAAAUACAAAGGCUUGGCUAUUAAGGAUACUAAGGAUAAAGUGAAGGAGCUUGAGAAGGAGAUUGAAUUGGAAGCUCGGGAGCGACAGAGAGAAGAGGAUCGGAAUAGAGAUAGAGACCGAGGUCGGGAUCGGAGAGAUUCCGGAAGAGAUAGGGAUCGACACAGAGACAGACCUCGUGGAGAUGAAGAUGGAGAAGAUAGAAGAAGCGGUAGGCAUAGAGAAAGAAACCGUGGAGAUGAUGGUGAGAUAGAAGAAGUGAUAGGCAUAGAGAAAGAGGCCGUAGAGAUAGGAAGGAUGAGUACACGGAGGAGGGUGGUGCGAAUGAGCCGGAGCUGUAUCAGAUUUAGAGGGAAAGAAGGUCUAGUCCAUGUUUCUCAGAUGGCUACUAGAAGAGUUGACAAGGCAAAAGAUUUUGUGAAGCGUGAUAUGGAGGUUUACGUCAAAGUGAUAUCUAUUUCGAAUGAUAAGUAUAGCCUUUCUAUGAGAGAUGUUGAUCAGAAUAAUGGCACAGAUUUGAUCCCUCUGAAGAAGCCUACAGAGGAUGAUUCAUCCAGGAGUAAUCCGUCGUAUAGAACAAGGGAUGGACAAGUCACCAAGACUGGGAUUUCGGGGAUCCGUAUCGUGGAGGAGAGUGAUGUUGCGGUUGCGCCUUCACGUAGGCCAUUGAAGAAGAUGAGCUCCCCUGAGAGAUGGGAAGCGAAGCAGUUGAUUGCCUCUGGUGCCUUGAAGCAGAGUGAGUUUCCAAAUUAUGAUGAGGACGAAGGUGGGAUGCUUUAUCAAGAGGAAGGUGCUGAAGAAGAAGAACUUGAGAUUGAGAUGAACGAAGACGAACCUGCUUCUUGCAAGGGCAGACCAGUCCGCCCUCACCAAGGAGAGGAGAGAAAUGAGGAACAGCAGCAAAGAACAAUGCUUGACUCGAUCCCAAGGAUCUGA